AUGUGUGACAGAUUUAAGGUUAGCAGGGGCAAAAAGUUACUACAACUUUUAAAUUCUGAAAGUGAUGAAAAUAAAGAAAAUUGUGACCGCAAUCUGAACAAAGAAGAUUCCGAGGAGAUAGUACAAAAUAAUAUUCCUAAGGAUGAUAAUACCAAAGAAUGUUUCAAAAAUUCAGAUAAUGUUACAACUUUUGAAGCUUGGAAAGAAGCUGAGCCUAUUGCCCAUUGCAGUUACAAUCCGCAUAUACCGAGCCUAAAUCAUACGAUAUAA